AUGGGAAAUAAUAAUAUUAUAUUCACUCAAGAUGGUGGGAUUGAAGAAUAUAUCAAUUCUUUUUCUAUUGAUCUUGAAUUAUCCAAGGAAAAAAUAUUAGCAAAAUAUGAUAAAAAUUAUUUAAAUAAACGUUCACAAGUACCGAAUUCAUUUAUAUUAUACAGAAGUGUAAUUUCUAGUAUGUUUAAAGAAAAAGAUAUUAAACAACAAGAUUUAAUUUCAGGGUUUAUCGCAAAAAGAUGGAGAAAUGAAGAUGAAACAGUUCGAAAAUGGUUUAAGAAUAUAUCAAAUAGUUUAAACCAAUUAAAAAACCCAAAUCAUGUAAACAAAAAACAAAACAUGUCCAGUGAAUUAGAAGAGACAAAUAUUCCUACAAUUUCUCUUAGUAAAGCGAUAAAUUUUGCUUAUCCACUUAGUGCAUAUGAUAGCGAAAUUGAAUGUCUUUAUUUUAUUGAUA